UUUUCUUAGAAUUCAAAAAAAAUUUAACCGAACUAAUAUUUCCAUGCUCAUGGCUCGGACGGCUGACUCCUCCAUGGUGAGUGCGAUUUAGUCAGUGAACCGGCGCCAAAGAUACCCUUUCAAUUCCUCUGAUUUUGCGGGAAAAAUUCUAAAGUCCAUUCCAGUUUUAACCAGAGGAAAUGAAGUCGAUGAGAAAUCUUUCAAGUCUUAUUUAGUCGUGCACCAGUUCAGAAGCGCUUUGCGGAUAAAAUGUUUGUAAAGCUCCAAUUAGAUUCAAAUGGCUUCUACAUUUUGCGUUCGCAAAAAACAUCACCGCCCACCGUAAAUGUCCUCCGUUCGCCAAUGGAAAAAUUUGUACCCAUCAGCAAGCCAAACGAUUGCAGUGUCCUUGAAAGUUUUAGUGGCCGAAAACUAAGGAGAUUACGUCUAGCUAACAAACAAAGUCAUCUUAGAAGGAUCCUUGUUCAUGAACCUGCCUUGGAGGAACAGAUUUUUGAGAAGAACCCGGAUGGAGAACAGAGAAAAAACAAGAUAGUUGAAGUUGAAGAUGAUUGUAGUAUUGUUAAAUUUAACAGAUGUAAUGGCCAUGGUUUGGCGGAGAAAGUGCAUGCCAAGUGUUCGACGAAAUGGAUAUGCUACGGAGGUUCGAUCCCAGCUAUUUUGCAGGCUUUGGAAAGAUCAAAGGAUAUUGAUCAAGCUUUAAGGCCUUGGGCAGAGAAGUUGAGCAAUAAGGAGAGCACUAUUAUCUUGAAGGAACAGUCAAGCUGGAAGUGAGCGGUGGAGAUCUUUGAGUGGUUUAAGAGGAAGGAUUGUUAUGAAUUGAAUGUGAUUCAUUAUAAUGUCAUGCUCAGGAUUCUUGGAAGAGCUCGUAAAUGGAAGUAUGUGCAGAGAUUAUGGAAUGAAAUGACUGACAAAGGGGUUAUCCCCAUUAAUUCUACGUAUGGAACGUUGAUUGAUGUCUAUAGUAAGGGGGGUCUAAAAGAACAGGCGCUUUGUUGGCUGGGAAUGAUGAAUAAAGAAGGAAUGAAGCCUGAUGAGGUGACCAUGGGAAUUGUUAUUCAAAUGUACAAGAUGGCUGGAGAAUUCCAAAAGGCCGAGGGAUUUUUCAAACGGUGGUCCUCGUGUGAAUUGUUAAACCAUGAAGGAGCAAGUAGUACAGUGAAUAAUUGUACAGAAUCACUUGUUUGUUUAAGCUGUCAUACAUAUAACACAUUGAUUGAUACAUAUGGUAAGGCAGGGCAACUUAAACAAGCUUCUCAAACUUUUUAUAGGAUGCUUAGAGAAGGUAUCGUUCCGACUGUAGUAACCUUCAAUACAAUGAUUCACAUUUGUGGCAACCAUGGCCAGCUUGAAGAAGUGGCUUCCCUGAUGACAAAGAUGGAGGAGAUUCAGUGCCGCCCUGACACUAGAACAUAUAAUAUUCUUAUUUCGCUUCAUGCUAAGCAUGACAAUAUAAAGAUGGCAGCUAGCUACUUUGUAGAAAUGAAGCAGGCUGGCCUCGAACCAGAUGUUGUGAGUUACCGCACUCUCCUAUAUGCGUUCUCAAUAAGGCAUAUGGUUGAGGAAGCUGAAGGCCUUGUAAAUGAGAUGGAUGAGAGGGGUCUUGAGAUUGAUGAGUAUACACAAUCAGCUCUAACUAGAAUGUAUAUAGAAGCAGGGAUGCUCAAAAAAUCAUGGUUAUGGUUCUGGAGGUUUCAUCUUACUGGGAAUAUGAGCUCUGAUGGAUAUUCUGCCAAUAUUGAUGCGUAUGGUGAGCGGGGAUAUGUUAUGGAGGCUGAGAAAGCUUUCAUUUGUUGCCAAGAGAGUAAGAAGCUGACUGUCCUUGAGUUUAAUGUGAUGAUCAAAGCUUAUGGUAUUGGAAAAAAUUAUGAAAAGGCAUGCCAGUUGUUUGAUAGCAUGCAGAGUUUUGGUGUUACUCCAGAUAAAUGUAGCUAUAAUUCUCUUGUACAAAUUUUGGCUAGUGUUGACAUGCCAUGCAGAGCAAGAGUCUACCUGAGGAAGAUGCAGGACACUGGAAUUAUAAGUGAUUGCAUCCCUUAUUGUGCUGUGAUCUCAAGUUUUGUGAAACUUGGGCAGUUAAAAGAGGCAGAGGAACUACACAGGGAGAUGAUUGAACGCAAUGUGAAGCCUGAUAUUGUUGUUUAUGGUGUACUCAUAAAUGCUUUUGCUGAAAUUGGAAGUGUAAAAGAAACUACUAGUUAUGUUGAUGCAAUGAAAAGUGCGGGGUUGGCUGGCAACGCUGUCAUAUACAAUUCCUUAAUCAAGCUUUAUACAAAAGUUGGUUACUUGAAAGAGGCCCAAGAGACUUACAGAAUACUUCAAUCAAUGGAGAUACACCCUGAAGUGUAUUCUUCAAAUUGUAUGAUUGAUCUCUACAGUAGACGAUCCAUGGUGAGAGAAGCUGAAGGGAUUUUUGAAAACUUGAAGAGAAAGGGAGAUGCAAAUGAGUUCACAUUUGCAAUGAUGCUGUGCAUGUAUAAGAGAAAUGGGAGAUUCGAAGAAGCCAGUCACAUUGCGAAAGAAAUGAGAGAAGGGGGAGUUUUAAGUGAUUUAUUAAGUUAUAACAACGUGCUUGGGUUGUAUGCUUUAGAUGGGAGGUUCAAAGAGGCAGUUGAAACUUUCAAGGAAAUGAUGGAUGCCACAAUUCAACCUGAUGACUACACAUUUAAGUCACUGGGAUCUGUUCUCAUUAAAUGUGGGGUUCCGAAGAACGCUGUUAAUAAGCUUGAGGCAUUGAGGAAGAUGGAUGGUUGGAGAGGUUUGCAGGCGUGGAUGUCGACCCUAUCUUCCAUUGUUGGAAUUGAUGGUGAACUUUAGAUGAUCUAUAGUGUAAAAUUUAUUCAUAAUCGUAGGCAUGUAUACGUAUGAAUAUAUGCCUGGUGCAAAAUCCCGCGUCCACAAUACAGUUCUCACUUUCAAGCUGUAUAUUGGGCUAAACCACUAGAGAAAGUAUCUCUUGAGAGCGAGCGCAUAGAUUGAGGGUAAUGUGAAACCAUGCCCGACUUGAAGAACAAAGUUUGGAUGAAACUGUUGUCAAUGAAAAUUUAAGGGGUGCCUAUUUAAAGAUGAAGUCAAAAGUUUAUGUUUUAGUUGUAA